AUGCCUGUCAGCACUGCCCAAAUCAACACUAGCUGGUGUCAUAGCCAGGGAGACCGCUCGCCAAUAAGCGCCAGCCUUACACACGCACACCUCGCGCACGAAGCUAGGCAGAAUCUGCCUCGGGGCACAGUCUUCGCUAGCACGCCCCCGAGUCUUGAAGUGUUUGUAUCGCAUAGCACUCGCCCUCUGUCUUCUCGACCCAGGACGUCCACCAAGAAGACACAACACACCAAGAAACGCAUAAUGACAUAUAAAGAUGCACCGGAUGGUCGAGAGUGGACGGACAACGUUCGUGUGUGCCGCCAUUAUGCUCCGAAUGCGAAUGCGCUCGGCGGUCCGGGAAGGCUACCCACCAGAUACCACGCAACGUUUGGCUACGAUCAUGAACAUCCAGCAUCAGGAUUUUCACGAGCCAUCGAAGACUUCCGAGACCCAGAGGCAAUGUCUGCCAUGCCGUACCACGAAAAUCAUCGUGAUGUCGAUGGUCAAGGCAUGGUCAGAGGAUGGCCGUCCGGCGCCACGAAUUCCAGGUCGAACAAUCCAGAGUGGCAUCAUACUGAGAACCCUGACCAACUGCCAUGCACUCAGCCUGAGGAAUUCGGCCCAACUCUUCACGACAACCAACUAGCAACACCGUAUGAUAGUGAAAGGCCGUGGAUGGGGACCGGAUUCCCCACCGGACCGUGGAAUCCAUUAGCGUCCCAGGAAGGGAUGGAGGGCCAGUCGAUGCUGCAUGCUUGUACAACGAGCUAUGGUCAGCCACCCCAAACUCAAUACCGACUAGGGGACUCGGCCAAGUCCGUACCAAGACGGGCGACUAGGAGAACUAACGGUUGUGUAGCGAUGGCUGCAGAGAUUUCCGAUAGGCCAUAUCAUGACAACCCUGUAUAUGCAAUAGACGUACGACGAUUCCAGCAUGACGUUGUCAUCCGUAAGCCUGCGUCGAUCUCCCUAUCGCCCACACAUAUGAGUCGCGUGCCUUCGACACAGGAGGAAAAAGAACAUCUGUUUUGCCUUGAACUCGGUUGCAAUGCCAAUUUUCGAGGAACCUAUGCAAGGGGGAACCUCGGUCGUCACAAACGACUAAAGCACGGCAGUCAGCAAGGCGAGGGUCCGCGGGAGUACGACUGUGAAGAGCCCGGGUGUGCAAAAAGCUACAAGCGUCAAGACGCACGUGUGAAGCAUUAUCGCAAGCACCACCAUCAUCUCACUCCCGGUCCAGCGCUGUCGCGUAGGAAGUAUUCGUCUAUGUGA